AGCCAGCGCCCCCGCCAUGGCCGCCCCCAGCACCGCGCUCCUGUUCCUCCUGCUGGCGGCCGCCGCCACGUCGGCGACGGCGCAGUUGGCGUGGUGGCAGUCCGGCGUCGUCUACCAGAUCUACCCAAAGUCUUUCAAGGACAGCGACGGCGACGGAGUCGGCGACCUCAACGGUAUCAUCGAGAAGCUCGAAUACCUCAAGGACCUCGGCGUGGCAGCGAUAUGGCUGUCCCCUAUCUACAAAUCGCCCAUGGCGGACAACGGCUACGACAUAGCAGAUUUCAGAGAAAUAGACCCAAUUUUCGGCACUAUGGAAGACUUUGACAGAUUACUGGCUGAGGCUCACAGCAGAGGUAUCAAAGUGAUUCUAGAUUUCGUUCCGAACCACACCAGCGACGAGCACGAGUGGUUCGUAGCUUCGAGCGAUCCAACACACGAGAACCACGAAAUCUACAAAGACUAUUACGUGUGGCUUGAUGGCAAGGACAACGGAUCGGUGCCAAAUAACUGGAAAAAUAUGUUCGACGAGGGAAGCGCUUGGAAGUGGAGCCAGACGAGAGAGAUGUACUACUUGCACCAGUUCCACGAGAAGCAGCCAGAUCUGGACUACAGGAACCCAGAUGUCCUCAGCGCCAUGCAGGGGGAGAUGAAGUUCUGGCUGGACAAGGGGGUGGACGGUUUCCGCAUGGACGCUGUGAUGUGUCUGGUGGAGGCUGAGGGUUUUCCUGACGCCGUGGAGGGCCAACCUACACCCAUGCAGCACCAGGACGAGACAUACGUCGUCAUACAAGAAUUCAGGAAAGUCAUGGACAAUUACACAGACACGGUGAUGAUGACUGAGGCGUACGGCACUGUGGAGCAGGUUGUGGGUUACUAUGGCAACGCCACAAAUCCUGGCGCGCACUUCUCCUUCAACUUCUUGCUCAUCACCGACCUCAACAGCGCAUCCACCGCAGAAGACUUCGCCAGCGUCAUCGGAAAUUGGAUCGACGUGAUCAACACACGGGAACUCUGGUCCAACUGGGUGAUCGGCAACCACGACCAGCACCGCGUGGCCAGCCGGUACAGCCCAGAGUUGGUGGACGGGAUGAACAUGCUGGUGACGCUCCUGCCGGGAACCGCCGUCACCUACAACGGAGAGGAGAUCGGCAUGGAGGACAACUGCAACAUGACGUGCGAGGUGGCCCACGACCCUCAAGGCUGCCACGAUAACGUCACUCUCGGGAACUCCAGAGACCCGGAGAGGACGCCCUUCCAGUGGGAUAACACUGCAAACGCUGGCUUCAGCAACACCACUGACACGACUUGGCUGCCCGUCAACGAGAACUACGAGACUCUGAACGCCGCGGCCCAGGAGGCGGGCGACCGCAGCCACCUCAAGACGUACCGCCAGCUGGUGCAGCUGCGCGCCGACCCAGCCGUCCAGACCGGCGACACAAAGGUCAACAGCUCGGGCAACGUGCUUGCGUUCUCCAGGUCAAUGAACGACAGGGCAUCUGUAGUUGUGCUGGUGAACGUGGGAACUGAGGAGGAAACCGUGGACUUGGUAGACACGCUGCCUAUCGUCACCGAGGACGACGUUCUGGAGGUGUACGCCAGAAGCCUUGAGUCCCAAAAGGAAGAAGGGGAGGUGCUGGAGACGAGGGAAGUGACGCUGUCGGGGCAGGAGGCGGUGGUGCUACGCCGCAAGCAAGAGCAGAAUGCCGCCGCCUCCAGACCGCUGUCUGCAGCCGCGGUUCUGCUCACAAUCGCGGCUCUGCUGUGGGCUGGUGGGGUCAACCGGUUUUGUAUCACUGGCCCGCGUCAACAAGUCGCCAUUCGUCGCUUUGUUGCGAGAUACCGAGCAAGGGAAGCAACCGCUCCCGUCCUAACUGAACGGCACGCUAUGAGGAUGUCGCAUCUCUCUCUGGUCGCAGUUUUGCUGGCUGUUACCAGUCCAGUGCUGUGUCUCGAGUGGUGGAAGACAGCAAUAAUCUACCAGAUAUACCCCAAGUCUUUCAAGGAUUCUGAUGGCGAUGGCGUCGGCGACCUUCGUGGUAUAAUCGAGAAACUGGACUACCUGAGAGAUCUGGGAGUGUCAGCGAUAUGGAUGUCUCCUAUCUUCAGGUCGCCGAUGGCUGACAAUGGUUACGACAUUUCAGAUUUCAGGGACAUCGACCCUACUUUUGGAACCAUGGCAGACUUCGACGAACUUCUGGCAACAGCACACAACAAAAGCAUCAGAGUAAUACUCGACUUCGUGCCCAACCACAGCAGCGAUGAACACGAAUGGUUCAUUGCUUCCAGUGACCCUACGCACGAAAACUACACGAAGUAUAAGGACUACUACGUGUGGGUGAAUGGGACUUACGGUACACCGCCAAACAACUGGCCUGGUGGCUUCAACGAGCCCUCUGCGUGGGAGUGGAUCGAGACCCGCCAGCAGUAUUACCUACACCAGUUUCUCCACAAGCAGCCCGACCUCAACUACAGGAACCCUGUCGUUCUGGAGGAGAUGAAGAAUGUUUUGAGGUUCUGGUUGGAUAAAGGAGUUGAUGGUUUUCGUAUGGACGCCGUUAGCUGCAUUGUGGAAGCAGAAGGCUUCCCAGAUAUUGUAGACGGCCAACCUAACCCCAUGCAGCAUCAGCCAGAAACAUACGCAGUAAUCGAGGAAUUCCGCACCGUGUUGGACGAAUACCAAGAAAAGGUGAUGAUGACGGAGGCGUACGGAUCGCUAGACCAGGUGCUGGGUUACUACGGCAACGCCACCAACCCUGGUGCGCACUUCUCCUUCAACUUCCUGCUCAUCACCGACCUCAACGGUGACUCCAGCGCAGAGGACUUCGUCCGCAUCGUCGGCGACUGGAUCAACGUCGUCAAUGAAAACGGAGUUUGGUCGAACUGGGUGAUCGGCAACCACGACCAGCACCGCGUGGCCAGCCGGUACAGUCCAGAGAUGGUGGACGGGAUGAACAUGCUGGUGACGCUGCUGCCGGGAACAGCGGUCACCUACAAUGGCGAGGAGAUCGGCAUGGAGGACAACUACAACAUGACGUGCGAGGUGGCCCAGGAUCCGCAGGGCUGCGCAGAUAACGUCACACUGGGAAGUUCCAGGGACCCACAGAGGACGCCGUUCCAGUGGGACGACACCAAGAAUGCAGGCUUCAGCACGGCGGACGUGACGUGGCUGCCCGUGAACCCCAACUACCCGACACUGAACGCCGCACUGCAGGACUCGGUGGAAGGCCGCAGCCACAUCAAGACGUACCGCCUGCUGGCGCAGCUGCGGCAGGACGAAUCCCUCCACAACAGCAACGCCGCCGUCACCAGCACGGGGAAUGUCUUCCUCUUCAGCAGGGGGCAGACACAGAACGACGCGACAGUUGUGGCGAUGAACGUGGGGUCUGAGGAAGCGACGGUGGACAUCAUUGCAUCUCUGCCGGACGUCGACCUACCUACAACUUUUGUAGUGUACGCGUCCAGUGUAAACAGCGAAUUGGAUGAAGGGCUGGUGGUGGAUGGACACGCACUGCGACUGCCCAGCGAGCAGGCGGUUGUUCUGAGGUCUCCUUCUGCAAGGACCGGCGGGGCUGUAGCAAUAAUCAAGAUUUCUGUCCUCUGGACCGCGUCAACAAGUCGUCACUCGCUGCGAGAUACGGAGAAAGCCAGCAACCGUACCUGUGCUAACUUCGUGGCGCAAACACACGCACACACCAUGAUGAUGUCGCAUCUCUCGUUGAUCGUAGUUGUGCUCGCUGUCGCCAGCCCAGCUCUGUGUCUCGAAUGGUGGAAGACCGCAAUAAUAUACCAGAUAUAUCCGAAGUCUUUCAAGGAUUCUGAUGGCGAUGGUGUCGGCGACCUUCGUGGUAUAAUCGAGAAACUAGACUACCUAAAUGAUCUGGGAGUGUCGGCGAUAUGGAUUUCUCCUAUCUUCAGGUCACCGAUGGCUGACAACGGCUACGACAUCUCGGAUUACCGGGACAUCGAUCCAAUAUUUGGAACUAUGGAUGACUUCGACGAACUUCUGGAAACAGCGCACAGCAAAGGCAUCAGAGUACUCCUCGACUACGUGCCCAACCAUACUAGCGAUGAGCACGAAUGGUUUAUCGCUUCCAGCGACCCUACGCACGAAAACUAUACGAGGUAUAAGGACUACUACGUAUGGGUGGACGGGACUGAAGAUUCGGUGCCAAAUAACUGGCCCGGUGGUUUCAACGAGCCUUCUGCAUGGCAGUGGGUCGAGGCCCGCCAGCAAUAUUACCUGCACCAGUUUCACUACAAGCAACCCGACCUCAACUACAGGAACCCUGUCGUUCUGGAGGAGAUGAAGAAUGUUUUGAGGUUCUGGUUGGAUAAAGGAGUGGAUGGCUUUCGUAUGGAUGCCGUUAUCUGCCUUGUGGAAGCGGAAGGUUUCCCAAAUAUUACAAACGGCGAACCUAACCCCAUGGUGCAUCAACCGGAAACAUACGCGGUGGUCGAGGAAUUCCGCACAGUGCUGGACGAGUACGAAGAAAAGGUGAUGGUGACGGAAGCGGGAGGAACGUUGGAUGAGGUGCUGGGUUACUAUGGCAACGCCACCAACCCCGGUGCUCACUUGUCCUUCAACUUCCUGCUCAUCACCGACCUCAACGGUCGCUCCACGGCAGAGGAGUACGUCCGCGUCGUUAGUGAGUGGAACGAUAUUGUCAAUGAACGUGGAAUCUGGUCCAACUGGGUGCUUGGCAACCACGACCAGCACCGCGUGGCCAACCGGUACAGCCCAGAGUUGGUGGACGGGAUGAACAUGCUGGUGACGCUCCUGCCGGGAACAGCGGUCACCUACAACGGAGAAGAGAUCGGAAUGGAGGACAACUACAACAUGACGUGCGAGGUGGCCCAGGAUCCGCAGGGCUGCGCAGAUAACGUCACGCUGGGAAACUCCAGGGACCCAGAGAGGACGCCGUUCCAGUGGGAUGACUCUAAGAAUGCAGGCUUCAGCACGGCGGACGAGACGUGGCUGCCCGUCAACCCCAACUACCUGACUCUGAACGCCGCGCGGCAGGAAUCCGCGGCUGGCCGCAGCCACCUCAAGACGUACCGCCUGCUGGCGCAGCUACGGCGGGACGACGAGGCCAUCCACAACAGGAAUGUCUCCGUCACCAGCGCCGGCAGCGUCUUCCUCUUCAGCAGGUCACAGAACGGCACUGCCACGACGGUCGUGGCGCUGAACGUAGGGUCUGAGGAGGAGACAGUUGACAUCAUUGAGUCAAUGCCGGACGGCGGCCUACCUACAAUUCUCAGGGUGUACGCGUCCAGCGUCAACAGCGAACUGCAUGAAGGGCGGCUGGUGAACGCGCGCGCACUGCGACUGCCCAGCCAGCAGGCGGUGGUGCUGAGGCCUGCGUUUGAGGGGCUGGCCGGGCUGUGACACCGCGGCGUCGCUGGAAUUGUAAUGAUAAUUAACUAAACUCUGGAAUAUCUGUCUGGAAAGUAAAUCAAUAUGUACAAUUACUUUGUUCAGUAUUCAAUGCUAUUUUAAUUUAUAUAUUGCUGAGUAUAUUAACACUAGUUG